AUGGAUGGAUCGCAGAUUGCUGAGGUGAAGGCUAAGCUUGACUCUGUGCAUAGCCUUCUAGUGGGUAAGAAGUCCGUUCGAUACGCUGCAGAGGUUAAGAAUUUCGAACCAGAUGAAGCACUUGAGGAAGAGGAUGUUAACUUUAUCAAUGGAGCUGGAUUUCGGGGUCAGAGAUUUGGUUCUGGGCAAGGGAACACGAAUCACAAUGGAAAUAAUCAGAGGAGUACCUUCACAGGUAAUCAGAACUCUUCUGGUUACAGCUCCAAACCUCAGUACCAGACAUCCUACUCCAACAACAGGUUUUCAAGGAACUAUGGUUCUCCUCCUACUCAAACUCCUGAUAAUGAGGUGAAGUCUAUGCUGGAACAGAUACUGGAAGGUCAGCAGAAGAUGACUGUGGAUUUCAAUGGGAAGAUUGAUGCUCUGUAUCUGGAUCUGAAUAGAAAAAUUGAAGUUCUGAACACUCAUGUCAAGAAGCUUGAUACUCAGGUUGCUCAGACUGCAGAGUCUGUAAAAAGGCAAGAAGGAUUCCUUACUGGGAAGACUGAUAUCAAUCCUAGGCAUUACUGCAGUGCUAUCUCGUUAAGGAGUGGUAAAAAGUUGACUCAAGUGCUUAAAAAGGGUGUUUCUGAGGAUGAAAUCGUGGAGUUUGACGAAUCUGAAGAAAAUUUCGAAACUGCAGAGCCGGUGUCGAGCGACACCACAACCAGUGUCGCGCGUCACCAAUUGCAGAGCAAAGCUGAUAUUGCUCAAAGUUCGAAAUCUGCUGAGGAAAAGGUUUACAAACCUAAGGUUCCUUACCCAAGGAGUCCUAGGAAGUCCAAGCAGGAGAUAGAUGAUGCCAGAUGCAAGACUUUGAUGGAGAAACUUGUUAUUGAGAUUCCUUUGGUUGAUGCUGUGAAGAUUGCUCCUACUCUCAGACACUAUGUGAAGAGAAUGGUGACUAAUAAUCUGAGUCAUGAGGAAGGAGUGAUGAUGAUUUCUGAACAGGUCAGUGCUGUGAUUCAGAAUAAGAUUCCAGAGAAACUCUCGGACCCAGGAAGCUUUGUUUUGGACUGCUCUAUCUUCUCUGAGAGGUUCAAGAGAUCGCUGUGUGAUCUUGGUUCGAGUGUCAACCUAAUGCCUUACUAUGUAGCUGUUAGCCUUGGGAUGACUGACUUCAAGCCAACUAAUAUCUCUCUAAUCCUAGCAGAUCGAUCUAAAAGAAUCCCAAAAGGUGUCUUGGAGGAUGUUCCGAUUAAAGUUGGUGAUUGCAUAAUUCCUACAGAUUUCGUGGUUCUGGAAUAUGAAGAGGAACCCAAAGAUCCUCUUAUCCUGGGAAGAUCGUUUUUAGCUACAGCUGGAGCAGUAAUUGAUGUCAAGCAUGGUAACCUUGAUCUCCACCUAGGAGAUACCAUCAUGUCUUUCAAGAUGGAGAAGCUAAAGGAUUCAACCAUAGAUGGUCAGACAUUCCAAGUCAGUGCAAUACCUGAAGUGAUAGUGGGAGAUCAGAACGUGUUUGAUGCUGAGAAGGUGAAAGAUCAACCUGAGUUGACUAAGACGUCUACAGAACCAGUAGCUGCUAAUGCACAGGAAGCUCACAACAUCACGUUCUAUUCAUCUCCACCAAAGAAUAGGUCAAGGUCACCCAAACACAGAUCUCACCCUGGUGUUAUUCCUGCAUUCCUUGGACGACCUCAUGCGCAAAACGCUUACACACCACCAUGGAUGAGACGAAUUUCACAGAGGCACUCUUUGCCACUGUCUGAUCCACCAGAUGCAUAG